UAAACCACCACUUGACAACUCUCUUAUUAAAGGAAUGGACAUACAAGCAUGCAGCAGUUAAUUCACAAUUAUCUGCAACUUAUUCGCCACAAAAAGAAUUGUCAAAAUAGAGGAGGAAGACGAUUAAGAAGACAAGUCAGAUGCAGAAUUAAGUUCUUUCAUCGGACGAGAAAAUAAAAACCUUUCUUUAAGAUUUGUCAGGGAAAUUCCCUGACUCAAGAUCCCAGAGUGUCAAAAUGCCUCGGGCAGUGAUUUGUGACACUCAAGUCCAGCCUUCCAAGGGAACUUCUUGAUCACGUGGAGGGGGCGGUGGACUUAUUUGGAUUUUUUAUUUUUUUACUUUGUUGUACGUUCAACAGUUCUUCCAUCUUCCAAAUCUUCUCCUACUGACAAUUGAGCUAAAGUUCUGUGCCCUUAUAUGUGGUCGGCGCAAAGAUAUUUCUUGAAAAAAGUUAAGGGCCAUAUGCACAUUUCAGAUGGAGAAAAUUCCUCCAUUUAUCAACUUUAGCAAUUACACUGAAAAAUCCACCAAGAAUUUCUUUGAAAAUGUCUCACCUUUCACAAUACCUUCAACGCAUCAGACAGACUUAUUUUUUCAGAACUAUAACGAAUCAGUUGAUAUUCUCGACUCUUCAUUUCUUGCCUCUACAGAUUUCAUCGACUUCACAGACCUAGAAGAAUCAUCCAGUACAUCAGGAGACUGGUUUAACCCCGAAUUCGAGACAUCAUCAGAAUCUCAUUUAGAUGAAUGUGGCUUGAUAGACUUAACAUUAGCAACAGCUAAUGACGCUGGAGUUAAUACACUCGACUAUUUAAAUAAAGAAAAGACGAUACCAAAAUCUUGUUCACCUCUUAGAACAAAAACGAUGGCACCUGAUAAUUUUAUUUUACCGGAAAUAACUAUAAACCAGAUCACCAAUUCCAAUUUCGAACAAUCCACCAACUACCAUGUUUCGUUGCCAAAGAGGCUUAGUAAAACUUCAGAAACUGAUACUUCACUUCAAGACAGUUCAUUUUAUUCAUUAUUUCCAGACGAUAAAACGAUAAAUAAAAAUUUAGUUGGCGAUAACAGUGCUUUUGAAAACUAUGUACCGGUUGAUAUGUCCGCUUUCAAAUUGAACUCAAACACUGAAUUUAAGUGCAAAGAGGAAAAUAGUGAAUUCAACUCGAGGAAUUUCAACGUCAAUUUGCGAGAUACGUCUUCGCCUCUAGAUGCCAUAAAAGAACUUGAAUAUAUAAAUAAUAGUGAAUCACAAUAUGCAAGUCAAAAGGAGGAAACGGAGAAGGCAUGCUUGGAAAAUCAUUUUUACGCAGAUUCUGAAGGUGAGGAUCUUAACAAACCUCGAAAGGAAAGAACAGCUUUUAGCAAGAGUCAAAUCCAAGAAUUAGAAGAAGAAUUUGCUCACCAUAAUUAUCUCACUAGGCUAAGGAGAUAUGAAAUAGCUGUAGCUCUAGAUUUGACAGAGAGACAAGUAAAAGUAUGGUUUCAAAAUCGUAGAAUGAAGUGGAAAAGAACAAAAAGUUUUCACUUGAAGCAUAAAGAUAAAAUUUUUAGAGAUACGAGCAUUUUCAGGUAGACAUCAAAAUGGGAGAUGGUAUUAACAAGGUGGCCACAAGAAUUAAAAAAUAUAUAUAUUACCUUGACUAACUUUUUUGGAUGAUUUUAUCCAAUUUCUCUGAUUUUUGUAACCAAUUGCAUCAUUUUUCUGUUGUAUUCAUGUCCGUAAAAUAUAAAAUCACUUUUUCAUAAAAAAAAUUUAAUAAAA